GAAGACUGUUCGCUACCUCCGACUCCCAUCAAUUUCUAGAAUUCUUCUCGUCUUUGCCGAAUGCAGCAGCAGCGUCGUUGUAGAUAUCUUCCUCCUUCCAACUUAUGCACGACACAGUGACUAUACGCGAGCCAAAGGCCAAUGGUCUCAAAAUGCACCCUACAGCUGUAGAAGCCGAUGAACAUGCCACGCAAGUCGACAUCAGCGCUUUGAAGGACAAGGACUACGUAAAGGCCUUGGCUCCCUGGCGUUAUGCCAUUAGAACCAAGCUCGUUGAGCGCGUCAAGGCUGAAUCAAAGGCAGUAGCCCGUCUUCAGAGAACAAUACGCACAUCUUGGCUCGAUACUUACUUUGUCUACUCUUCGUACCUCGGGACUGACACCUUCUUCCUUGUCGUCCUCCCUGCAUUCUUUUUCUUCGGAUACGAUGACUUUGGUAGAGGGUUGCUGAUGAUCCUGGCCCUCGGCGGCUACGCCUCUUCUUCACUCAAGGAUCUUUUCUGCUCGCCUAGGCCAUUUUCUCCGCCAGUGACGCGUCUUACUCUCCAAGACCAUCAUUUGGAGUACGGCUUUCCAUCAACACAUACCACGCAAAGUUCCUCAAUCGCUCUCUACUUCCUUCUCCAUGUUCCGCCUGCAUAUCGCCCCUACCUAUUCAUAUACGCCUUCACCAUCAUCUUCGGCCGACUGUACACCGGAAUGCACACCUUCAUCGACUGCAUUACCGGCUGUAUGCUCGGGGCUUUGGCAGUUUGGGUACAUAGUCUUCCUAUGUUCCAGUACUUUGAAGCUUGGGUGUUCACCGGUGGCUUGGCCGUCCCACUAGUCCUCAUUUCUCUGUUCUUGUUCCUUCUCGAGAUGCACCCUCUUCCUGUAGAUCCUUGUCCUUGUUUCGAGGAUUCUAUUGCUUCUGGGAGCGUCGCACUGGGAGCUCUGCUCGGGAGAUGGGGUGUCAAUUACUUCGGCAUGGAUGGCGCGCUGGAGAAAGUGAUCAUGCCCGGAAGCUCGUGGGCCUUUGCUUCCACAUCAAUAGACAUCCUACAAAGCUCGUGGGUACCUGCCGCUUUGAAGAUGUUCACAGGCAUGUCGGUUAUCUUGUCGUGGCGUUUGCUUGCCAAGGCGGCGUUAGCACCUGUAAUGAGGUACGUUUGGAGGGAAGAGGUUGCAACAAGUAGGGCGCAAGUUAAACGCUGUAGAAGUUAUGUUCUCACAAAGGUUGUCGUGUACGCUGGAAUUGCGACACUGGCGUGUGAUGUACUGCCUCCCGUCUUCGAUUUUCUUGGCUGGGCGUAAGGCCAGACCUUGACGUCUCUAACACGCUCGAUACGUUUUUAUACCAAAGUAGCUUAUCACGGUUCUUUCGACUUUUAUAUGAUUCGAGUGUAUUGGAAGCUUUUUGAGUUUUUGGAAGUUUGAGAUCAUGCUUCUAUUACUUAGAUGUCUACAUUAUUAGUUACGGAGGCCAAGUCAAUUUCCCUUGGCCUUUUUCAUAAGUAAUUCAUUCCAGUUUAACUAUCCUCCUCCACAGGUUCUGUAUGGACCC